AUGCAUGCGGUGAAGUAUUUGGUAAAACUGUACGAAAUACCAGAAGAGGAUGGAGAAAUUUCAGCCUUUGAUACUCAUGCUAAUACCAUAUUUACUGGUACCAAUAGGGGUAUGUUAUUAAAGUUUUGCGUGGAAGGUGCACGGGCGUCUGAUACAUCACUUUUAGGAGUAAAUAACUCUUCUCAUGAUAGGAAUAACAACAAUAUAAAAGAUAAUGUUAGCUCGACAUCUGGUCAAACUAUGAAUGUAGAGAAUCCUACUUCAACAUCUCUCUCAUCACAAAAUUCAGAAAGAAUUUAUACUAGUAUUGUACGUCAAAUAGCAUUAUCUACUUCACAACGUACAAUUGAGCGUCUUCAACAUAGUCGUACACAUAAUCUUCUUUUUGUACUCUAUGAACAUCGUCUUGUAGUGAUGGAUUCUGUAAAUUUCUCUCAUAUUCAAACAAUAGCAGAGUGUGUUGGUACUUUUUACGUUUCAGAUUCUCAAAAAAAUAAUUCUAAACGUUCAGGUCUUCAUGUAAUUUGCGCAUCUGAACUUAAUGGUAAAGGCCUUAGUGUAUUUGAGUUUGAUGCAUCUCAAGGAAAGUAUGCACGGGCUAUUCUUACUCAGGAACUUGUACUUCCUGAACCAGCUCAGGUACUUGUUACUUAUGGUAGUAUUGCCUGUAUAGGUAUGCGUAGAGAGUAUAGUCUUCUUUCUCUUUCAGAUGGAAAUUCCUAUGGUGUUCUUACUCUUGGUGGGGGAAGACAACCACUUCUUGCAGCUGGUGAUGGAGAAGUAUUUAUGCGGUAUAAUCAAUCUAUAUUCUCUGUAUCUAUGCGUUCUUUUCCUUCUGGUAGGGUACUUGGUCGUACCAUUCAAUUAGAGGAUGAAGCAUUAUCUUUUGUAGUUCGUCAUCCUUUUCUUUUCGCAUUUACAGAACGUUAUUGUGAUGUUUGUUCUUUAUAUGAUGAUAAUGUAUCGGCACGUUUACCAUUACCAGGGUGUUUAUUUAGUUCACAAUUAGGUAGAGGAGAUUUUCUCUACGCUGCAAAUAAAACAAAAAUUUGGAUGGCACGUUUACAUUCAUUACGUCAUCAAUUAGCUGAUCUGGUAGAGAGGUUUAAGGUGGAAGAGGCUUUCCAACUUUUAGGUAGUCAACGUAAUAGUACAUCUCUUGAUUUACAAGGGAUUGAAUUAGAAUUACAUGUUAUGGCAGGUUUUGCAUACUUACAUCACUGUAGACCAAAAGAAGCGAUGUUGCACUUUAAUGAUCACAUUGAUCCAAGAGAUUUAUUACUACUUUUACCAGAAUGUAUUCCACCUCAACCGGAAGACUAUAGCGUUGAAUUAAAAUCUUUAUUAGCAAUAAAAACCUUAAAAAGGCAUGCUAAUAUAUCUGUUAAUGUUACUAGUAGUUUACCUAAAUCAGAAACAAAGAAAGAUGUACCUCUUGGAGAAGAGAAAGAGUCUCAUCAUGGAGUUGAAGACUCAGUUGCAAAUAAUAAUAAUAAUAAUAAUAAUAAUAAUAAUAAUAAUAAUAAUAAUAAUAAUAAUAAUAUUAAUAUUAAUGAUAAUGGUAAUAAUAAUGAUGAUGAUGAUGGCUUCUGGGCCCAUUGGGAGGAGUGCUGUCCAUAUAACACUUACACUGGUGAGCUUCAGAAGGCCUGGUUGGAGACGUAUGAAACUUUUCCUAUCGUACCAGAAAACAAUAGUCGUCGAAUGCAGGGUGAACGACGUCAAGUAACAGGAUGGGGUGUUGUUACUGCCGCUACUUUUCUUGAACGUUCAUGGGAACUUUUUAAAGAUGAACUUAUUGUUUAUUUUCGUUCACGUUUAAGUAAUGCCUCUGAUGUCUACGCACGGGCAAUGGAAUACGCUCUUUUAGUACUUGCACUUGAGGCCCAAGAUCAUCGUGCAGCUUAUCGACUUGUAACAUAUGGUUCCUCUCUACGUGUAGAGGAUUGCUAUGAUUUAUUAUCCACACUUAGAGAGUAUCGUUUACUAGCAUGCUUAUUAUAUCAUCGUAGUUACAUUGAAGAAGCGAAUCAUGUAUUGAGUUCUCGUGUUUAUGUAUCAAGUUUUUUGCCUCAUCUUUCUUCACAUGCUUAUGUUGCAGGAGAACCUGCACCUAUUUAUAAAGCUCUCCCAAAAAUAAUGCAUGCUCAGUUAGAUAAACUCUUAUUCCAUCCUUUGGAAUCUACUCAAACCGUUGUAGCUGAAUUAUUGAAAUCAGGAGAUAUGGGAUCUGUGGAAACAGUAAAUGAAAUGGCGGCAGCAGCAGCAGCAGCAGCAACAGCAGCAGUUGUUAAUACUAUGGAUGCAUCUGAAACGGAUACACCACCAACAGCAAUAACACUUCCAGUGUUUCCUGGUUCUCUUUCGGAGGAGAUGUAUUUGGUGACUAAACUAAACUUACCUGCACUACAGGAAUUGCUGCGUGAAGUACCGAUGGCUCGGUGGACGGUGGAUGAAGAAGGCUCUUCUCUUCUUCAUGUACUUUUUAGUUCACUUGUUGUAAUGGAAGAGUUUCUUGAAGAUGAUACAACAUCUGAAAGUGGUCUUGCUUUACUGAAUUUAAUACUUUCAUCUGCUAUUCUUUUAAUGGAUUAUGGUGUUGAUAUUUCAGUAUUAAACAGAGAAGGACUUUCUUGUUUGGAUAUUGUUGCUUUGACUGCGGAUGGGGCUUUUGCAGAUAUCGUCGUCUCAGCCUUGCUUGCUGACAGGGAUGUUAAAGAAGUUGCUGCUGUAGUGGAAAAGAAUGACUCUGUAGUGGCAAUGCGUGCAGUUUGA